GCCACGUCCCGCCCCAUCACCACGACACGUGGAGCCUCAUUCUGUCCACCCACAGCAAGCCGCGCCUGCUCAUGUCUCUGAGCUGUCUCCACCAGAGCCCCUAUUGGACCCGAGGACACCACCCCCGGCUCCCCGUCCCCCACCGGCAUGCCGGCAUCUGGGGCCCAUCCACUCCAGUUCUCCGCAUCAAUGGAUCACCAAGAGAACAUGCACGUGGACUACGUAUCUACGCCAAGAAGGACGUCCCCUACCAACCUCUCGAUGUCCCCCUUAAAGCCGACACUACCGACGUACACGCCAUCACAAUCACACUAAAAGGGACCACAAAACCACCUGCAACAUCACUCCAUAGCACUCCAGACCAGCCCAGACCCCUCCAAGACUACUCCAGACCAACUCAGACCAGCCAGGCGAAGACCAAGGGGCCAUCACCAGUUGUCUCCCAGACGACGACCUACGGUGCUCUAGCGGAGGACCAAGCGGCGCAGCUCCUCUACUGA